AUGGAUUUAACUGUCUCUAAUGAAAUUACUGGUAAUAUUACGGGUCCAUUAGAUGUAUCAGAUGAUAUGGCUUUGGGGGACUUUUUGGCAUUACUAGAGAUUGAUUGUGGAUUUGAUCUGAAGAAGCAUGAUUUGUAUCAUAAUAUGGACAUAUUAGAUAAAAAUAAGUUGGCUACUUCCCUAAAAGAGUUAGGUCUUUCUAGAGGUGAUUUACUUCUAAUUAGGAAUAAGAUUGGAAAUGAGCCAGUGACUGAUGUUACCGAACUAUCUGAUGAUGAAUUUAUAGAACAGUUCAGAAAUGAGUUAUUACAUAAUGAGAUGCUAAGAAAUAGUAUUGGUGCACGUAUUCCAAUGUUUUUGGAAAUGAUUAACAACCCACAAUUAUUCAAGGAACGUUUAGGUCCUAUUAUUUUACAAAGACGUUAUUCUUCUGGUAUGGGAGGUGGUAAUAUAGCUGCUCAAAAUACAUUUGGAAUCCCUCAAGAAGAAUACAACAGAUUGAUGAGCAAUCCAGAAGACCCUGAUAAUAAAAAAAGGAUAACAGAAUUAACUAAUCAACAAGAUAUCGAUGAACAAAUGCGAAAUGCAUUAGAAUACACUCCUGAAGUUUUCACUACAGUUAGUAUGCUAUACAUAGAUUUAGAGAUUAAUGGGACUGCAGUAAAAGCGUUUGUUGAUACUGGUGCACAGAUGACGAUUCUAUCAACCAAAUUGGCCAAGAAGACUGGUUUGGAUAGAUUAAUUGAUAAAAGGUUUACUGGAGAAGCACACGGUGUAGGUGUUGGAAAAAUUCAUGGUAGAAUCCAUCAAGCCCAAAUUAAAAUAGAAACACAAUUUAUCCCUUGCUCAUUUACCGUUCUUGAUACUCCAAUGGAUCUAUUAAUUGGUUUAGAUAUGCUUAAGAGACAUCAAGCUAAUGUUGAUCUAGAAAAGAAUGUCUUGAGAAUUGCAGGUGUCGAGACUAAAUUCCUAGGUGAAGCUGAUAUUCCAAAAGAUUUUGCGCCUGAGAAUAGUAUUACCAUGAAGGAAAAACCAAAGGAAAAGAAAAUUUUGAAACCUUCAAAGAAAAUAAUUACAACCAUUAAUCCACAAUCGUCGUCCAAUAUAGGAAGCGUUUCAACUAGUGCACAACCUGUUACUUCUGCUCCAAAAAAGUAUUCAGAUGAAACUAUAAGACAAUUAACAAAUUUAGGUUUCAGUAGAGCAGAAGCUCUUAAGGCUCUAGAUCAAACAAAUGGAAAUGUUGAAUUUGCUGCAUCCUUAUUAUUCCAAUAG